CCUUUUGAUUCUUCACAAGAAGUGAAACAUACAUUCAUUCAAUUCACAAAUUCCCAUUAUGAAGCUCCUCACCUACGGAGCCAUCUUUGGUCUCCUCACUGCUCUCUACUACUUUUUAGAUGCACGUCUCGAGUCCUUCUACAUCUUCACACCGACUCAACUUCAUGAUCUCUCCCAGCGCGCCAUUGGUGCUCACGGUAAUGAUACCGCUCAGGUUGUGAAGUUCAUUGUGGAUGAAUUGAGCGAGAAACAUCCCGGUGGUUACAUCAAUCUGGAUCAGGAAUGGAUUUUUAAUAACGCUGGCGGGGCUAUGGGUGCUAUGUAUAUUAUUCAUGCUAGUAUUACGGAAUAUUUGAUUAUCUUUGGAACUACAAUCGGUACUGAAGGACAUACCGGUCGUCACACAGCUGAUGAUUAUUUCCACAUCAUUCACGGAACUCAACUCGCCUACACCCCUGGAGACUUUGAACCUGAAGUCUAUCCCCAAGGAAGUGUUCACCAUCUUCGUCGUGGUACUGUCAAGCAGUACAAGAUGGAUGCGGCUUGUUUCGCUCUUGAGUAUGCUAGAGGUUGGAUCCCACCUAUGUUGGGUUUUGGAUUUGCCGAUGGUCUUACCAGUACUUUGGAUUUCCCAACUUUGUGGAGAACAACUUGGGUUACUGGUAGAGAAAUGGUUUUGAACCUCGCCAGGUUCAAGCUGUGAAAAGCUUUGUUUCCAUUCGAAGCACUAUUUGAAGGUUAUUGAAGAGGAAAGGAUCCAUUUAUAGAGCUCUUGUGAGCAAGUACAUAGCACUUCUUUGUCUGUAGAUACCUAUACCUUGUAAUAAUUUGACAUGCGCAUCAUGAAUUAACGUGGUCAAGCAU